UUUUCCCCUCUUUUUAAAUCAUUUUGGGUUUUCCUUUUCGGGGGAAUUUAUGUGGGGGAUUUCGGGGUUUUUAAGAUUUUGAGGAAUUACCGGGGGGAUUGUGCAUGCAGCAGCCGAUUGGCGGAGGCGGCGGCGGCGGGCCCGGCCGGGGCGGGCGGCCGCCGUCCACUUCAGCUGCCGGGUCGCCCUCUUCGUCCUCCUCGGCCGUGUCCGCCUCGCAUUUGGGAUAUGAUUCGGCGCAGCAGCAGCAGCACCAGCAGCACCACCCGCAGCAGCAGCAGCAGCAGCAGAGACAGUUAUUACAGCAGCAGUUCAUGCGAAGACCUGAAGGGAAUGAAGCUUUUCUAGCAUAUCAAACAGGUGGACUCCAAGGAACUGGGGGAGGUAGCAUGUUUUCUCCAUCGCCAGGCUCCAUGCAAUUUCCUCAACAAUCUAGAAAGUUUGUAGAUUUGGCACAGCAACAAGGUUCCUCCCAGGAUGGACAGAAUAAAAAGCAGGGUGUUGAGCAACAAGUCCUCAAUCCAGUUCAUCAAGCUUAUCUUCAAUAUGGUUUUCAAGAUCCGCAAAAGUCUGCUUUAAUAAUGCAAGCACAACAACAAGCUAAACUGGAGAUGAUGGGCCAUGUAUCAGGGAAGGAUCAAGACAUGCGGAUGGGCAAUAUGAAAAUGCAGGAGCUUAUGUCUGCUCAGGCAUCUAAACAGGCUCAGGCAUCAUCCUCCAAGAGUUUGUCUGAACAAUUUGCUUCUGGUGAAAAGCGAUUGGGACAAGUGUUUCAGCCAGGCUCUGAACAGAGGCUUGAGCCAAGGCCAAUUAGCCAGCCAACUGGUACAGGACAGUUACCACAUGCAAGUACUGCAAGACCUUUACAAUCACUGCAGACUCAGCAAAGCUCACAGAAUGUGCCUCACCAGUUGAUGGCUUCCCAGAUUCAAGCAGUGCAGGCAUGGGCAAUGGAGAAUAACUUUGAUCUUUCACAACCUGGAAAUGCCAACAUGAUGGCACAGCUCAUACCGCUCAUGCAGGCUAGGAUUGCUGCCCAGCAGAAAGCAGCAAAUGAAAAUAACCUUGGUGCACAAUCAUCAAGUACACCUGUCUCAAAACCACAAGCUGCUUCUCCAUCAGUCCUAAGUGAGAAUUCUUCCCAUGCUAAUUCUCCCAAUGAAGUAUCUGGUCAACCUGGCUCAGCAAAAGCCAGGCAGAACAUUCCUGCUGGUCCUUCUGGCCCUUCUGGCCCUGGGGCAGUCAGCAACAGCAAUAACAUUAUAAUGCAGCAAUUUCCUACUCAUGGAAGGGAGAACCAAGUGUCAUCGGGAAAAUCUCCUGUCUUUGAGAAUGGAAUGCUCCCUAUGCGUCCCCCUCAACCAUCAGCAAGUGCAGUUCCGGGUGUGGAUUCAUCCUUACAGAAUAAGAAGUCAUUCAGUGGCCAAGAAUCCUUGCAGAUGCAAUAUCUAAAACAGAUAAAUAGGUCAUCCCCUCAGUCUCCUGUUCCUUCAAACAGUGGGCCCCCAAAUAGCCAUUCUUCCUCCCAUGGUGGAGCAGCUGUGCAGAUGUCACAACAACAUCCUGGUUUUACGAAACAGCAACUGCAUGUGCUUAAAGCUCAGAUAUUGGCAUUCAGGCGGCUGAAAAAAGGAGAAGGAACUCUACCACAAGAACUACUUCGAGCUAUUGUCCCACCACCCCUUGAGUCGCAGUUGCAGCAGCAAAUCCUCCCUACCGGAGGGAAUGGUCUGGAAAAGGCUGCUACAAAGGUUGCAGAAGAUGGUGUGAGGUCUUCACAUACAGGUGAGAAAGAUGCUCGGCCUGUGCCACCACCUAGUGCACCAGUAUCUUUAAGAGAGCAGGGUGCUGCAGUGGAGGAGAAGGCAACUGUUUCAGCAGUUCACUUACAAGGUCCUCCACCUGCUUUAAAGGAGCAUCUUCCAUCCGUAUCUGUUGUCAAGGAUGAUCAGCAGACUGCUGUCCUCUCAGUCAAGGUGGAGCAAGAUGCUGAACGUGUGGCUCAGAAAACUCCCACUGGAAAUGAUCUUCCUAUUGAUAAAGGAAAGGGUGUUGUGGGCCAAGCUGCAAUCUCUGAGGCAGUGCAGGGUAAGAAACCUGUGCAAGCAAGUGCAGCAACCCAGCCAAAAGAUGCAGGCUCUGCCAGAAAGUAUCAUGGGCCGCUGUUUGAUUUCCCCUUCUUCACAAGGAAAUAUGACUCUGUUGGGUCGGCACCAGUGCUUAACAACAAUAACAAUCUCACGCUGGCAUAUGAUAUCAAGGACCUGCUUUUUGAGGAAGGGCUUGAAGUGCUCAACAAGAAGAGGACAGAAAAUCUGAAGAAGAUUGGCGGCUUACUGGCUGUGAAUCUGGAGAGGAAAAGGAUCAGGCCUGAUCUUGUACUUCGCUUGCAAAUUGAAGAGAAGAAGCUCCGCCUUUUAGAUCUACAGGCACGCUUGAGGGAUGAAGUUGAUCAGCAACAGCAGGAAAUAAUGCAGAUGCCUGAUAGGCCAUAUCGGAAAUUUGUUCGCCUGUGUGAGCGUCAAAGGAUGGAGCUGACUCGUCAAGUGCAAGCUUCUCAAAAAGCUUUGCGUGAGAAGCAACUCAAAUCAAUCUUUCAAUGGCGUAAGAAGCUUCUUGAAGCUCAUUGGGCCAUCCGUGAUGCACGGACUGCACGUAACAGAGGCGUUGCCAAAUAUCAUGAGAGAAUGUUGAGGGAAUUUUCUAAAAGAAAGGAUGAUGAUAGGAAUAGAAGGAUGGAGGCACUGAAGAAUAAUGAUGUGGAAAGAUACAGAGAGAUGUUAAUGGAGCAGCAGACCUCCAUGCCAGGUGAUGCUGCUGAGAGGUAUGCUGUUCUGUCAUCAUUUUUGACUCAGACGGAAGAAUAUCUUCAGAAGCUGGGAAAUAAAAUAACAGCCGCCAAGAACAACCAGGAAGUAGAAGAGGCUGCAAAUGCUGCUGCAGCAGCUGCAAGGCUGCAGGGACUCUCUGAUGAAGAAGUGAGGGCAGCAGCAUCUUGUGCUGGAGAAGAAGUAAUGAUACGGAAUCGUUUCAUGGAAAUGAAUGCACCUAAGGAUGCUUCAUCUGUGAGCAAGUAUUAUUCCCUUGCACAUGCUGUGAAUGAAAGGGUUCUGAGGCAACCCUCAAUGUUGAGGGCUGGAACUUUACGAGAUUAUCAACUUGUUGGUUUGCAAUGGAUGCUUUCUUUGUACAACAACAAGCUAAAUGGAAUUUUGGCAGAUGAGAUGGGUCUUGGAAAAACUGUGCAGGUAAUGGCACUGAUUGCUUAUCUAAUGGAGUUUAAGAGUAACUAUGGACCUCAUCUUAUUAUAGUACCCAACGCUGUCUUGGUGAACUGGAAGAGUGAAUUCUACAAUUGGUUGCCAUCAGCUUCAUGCAUUUUUUAUGUGGGUGGAAAGGACCAAAGGUCGAAAUUGUUUUCUCAGGAGGUGUGUGCCAUGAAAUUCAAUGUUCUUGUGACUACUUAUGAAUUUAUUAUGUAUGACCGGUCAAAACUAUCGAAAGUUGAUUGGAAAUAUAUCAUAAUUGAUGAGGCUCAAAGAAUGAAGGACAGAGAAUCGGUUUUAGCACGAGAUCUUGACAGAUAUCGUUGCCAGAGGCGUCUGCUUCUCACAGGAACUCCAUUACAGAAUGAUUUGAAGGAGCUAUGGUCACUUCUAAAUCUACUUCUUCCUGAGGUUUUUGAUAAUCGAAAAGUGUUCCAUGAUUGGUUUUCAAAACCCUUCCAAAAGGAAGGCCCUCCUCAAAAUGCCGAGGACGACUGGCUUGAGACUGAAAAGAAAGUCAUCAUUAUCCAUCGACUUCAUCAAAUUCUGGAGCCAUUUAUGCUUAGGCGUCGUGUUGAAGAUGUGGAGGGUUCACUUCCUCCAAAGGUGUCCAUAGUCCUAAGAUGCAGGAUGUCUGCUAUUCAGAGUGCCAUCUAUGAUUGGAUCAAAUCUACUGGUACUCUUCGAGUUGACCCUGACGAUGAGCAACGCAGAGUUCAGAAGAAUCCAAUUUAUCAAGCUAGGAUUUUCAGAACUUUAAAUAAUAGAUGUAUGGAACUUCGAAAAGCUUGCAAUCAUCCUUUGCUGAACUACCCCUACUUUAACGAUUUGUCAAAGGACUUCCUUGUAAGAUCGUGUGGCAAAUUGUGGAUCUUAGAUAGGAUCCUUAUUAAGCUGCAGAGAACUGGGCACCGGGUACUACUCUUUAGUACCAUGACCAAAUUGCUCGAUAUACUAGAGGAAUACCUGCAGUGGAGGAGACUUCUCUAUAGGCGAAUUGAUGGAACAACAAGCUUAGAAGAUCGUGAAUCAGCUAUCGUGGACUUCAAUAGCCCUGAUUCAGAUUGCUUCAUAUUUCUGUUGAGCAUUCGUGCAGCUGGUCGGGGUCUUAAUCUUCAGUCUGCUGAUACAGUUGUUAUAUAUGAUCCUGAUCCUAACCCCAAAAAUGAAGAGCAGGCUGUUGCGAGGGCCCACCGCAUUGGGCAGAAGAGAGAAGUCAAGGUUAUUUAUAUGGAAGCAGUUGUUGGCAAAAUUCCAAGUCAUCAGAAGGAGGACGAACUAAGGAGUGGUGGUGCAAUUGAUACGGAUGAUGAUCUAGCAGGUAAGGAUCGGUAUAUGGGAUCCAUCGAGAGCCUGAUCAGGAAUAACAUUCAACAAUAUAAAAUUGACAUGGCUGAUGAGGUGAUCAAUGCUGGUCGCUUUGACCAGAGAACAACGCACGAGGAGAGACGGUUGACUCUGGAAACAUUAUUACAUGAUGAGGAAAGGUAUCAAGAAACUGUGCAUGAUGUUCCCUCUCUGCAGGAGGUAAAUCGAAUGAUUGCUAGGAGUGAAGAAGAGGUCGAGCUAUUUGAUCAGAUGGAUGAAGAACUGGAUUGGACAGAGGAGAUGACCAAUUAUGAACUAGUGCCAAAAUGGCUUCGGGCCAGUACAAAGGAGGUCAAUGCUGCUAUUGCCACUCUAUCAAAGAAACCAUCGAAAAACACUUUGUUUGCUAGCACAAUAGUGGAACCUAAUGAACCGGUAUCGGAAUCAGUGAGAAAGAGGGGGCGGCCCAAGAGUAAAAAGCAUCCUAAUUACAAGGAACUAGAUGAUGACAAUGAAGAAUAUUCUGAAGCAAGUUCAGAUGAGGGAAAUCAGUAUUCUACACGUGAAGAGGAGGGAGAGAUUGAGGAGUUUGAGGAGGACACUUACAGUGGUGCUCCUGGAGCACUACCAAUCAACAAAGACCAGUCUGAUGAGGAUGUUCCGGCUGAAGAAUGUGAUGAGUAUCCAUGGACAUCAGAGAGGACUAGGAACAAUCAUUUGCCGGAAGAAGCCGGUUUCUCAGGAUCAUCGGCAGACAGUCCUAGAGGAAUCAGGAUGGCAUCUCCUUCUGCUUCUUCACAGAAAUUUGGAUCUUUGUCUGCAUUAGAUUCCAGGCCAAGUUCUCUUUCGAGAAGGAUGCCUGAUGAUCUUGAAGAGGGAGAAAUUGCUCUGUCUGGAGAUUCUCACAUGGAUCAUCAACAAUCUGAAAGUUGGGUUCAUGAACGUGAAGAAGGUGAAGAUGAACAGGUCUUGCAGCCCAAGAUCAAGCGGAAGCGUAGUCUCAGGGUGCGCCCUCGUCACACUAUGGAAAGGCCAGAGGAAAAGUCUAGCAAUGGGGCACUACCUGUACAAUGUGGAGAUUCUGCUUUCUUGCCACUCCAAAUGGACCACAAGUAUCAACCCCAGUCAAGGACUGCGUCUGAGACCAAUCCCUUUGGAGAACCUACUGCUUCCAAGCAUGGUCAUGGUGGUCCCUCCAUGAAAAGCAAGCGACAAACAUCUCUAAGGAGAAUAAAUGAUCCAUCAAAGCUACAUCCCUUGCCAAAAUCUAGCAGAUCAAAUCACAUUUCGUCAUCAGAUGCUGCUGCGGAACGCUCGAGAGAAAACUGGAAUGGUAGAGUUGCAAAUCCUUCAGGAAAUUCAAGUGUUGGUGCCGGUUUAUCUGAAAUCAUUCAGAGAAAGUGCAAGAAUGUAGUGAGCAAGCUCCAGAGGAGGAUAGAUAAGGAAGGGCAUCACAUUGUUCCGCUGCUAACUGACCUUUGGAAGAGGAUGGGAAGUCCUGGUCAUAUGGGUGGUGUUGGAAGCAACCUUUUGGAUUUGCGGAAAAUUGAUCAGCGCAUUGAGAAAUUGGAGUACGGCGAUGUGAUGGAUCUUGUGCUUGACGUGCAACUGAUGUUAAAAGGUGCCAUGCAGUUCUAUGGGUUUUCUCAUGAGGUUAGAUCUGAAGCGAGAAAAGUUCAUGAUCUCUUCUUUGACAUAUUGAAGAUUGCAUUUCCGGACACAGAUUUUGAAGAAGUGAGGAAUGCUCUCUCUUUCUCGGGCCCUGGUGCUGCAUCCCAAUCUGCUCCAUCACCGAAACAGGCAUCCGCUGGCCAAAGCAAGAGACACAGGGCAAUAAAUGAGGUCGAUGCUGACAAAGACCCUCCCCCUAAGCCAGUGCGGCGUGGAGAAGACACUAGGAUCAGAGUCAGCUUGCAUCCAAAGGAAACUGGCACGGUGAGUGGAAACUUCAGUGCCCGGGAACAGUCUCAGCGGGAUGAUUCUCCACUGCUUGCACACCCAGGGGACUUGGUCAUCUGCAAGAAGAAGAGGAAGGACCGAGAGAAAGUAGUGGUAAAGUCAAGGACUGCAUCAUCUGUUCCGGUUUCACCUGCUGCAGUGGCUCGUGGUAUCAGGAGUCCCGGUCCAUCAUCUCUGAAGGAUGCAAAAUCAACUCAACAGGCCCUCCAUCAGCAAGGGUGGAUCAAUAACUCGGGCCAGCCAUCUAAUAGCAGCGGUGGGGACGUUGGUUGGGCCAACCCAGUGAAGAGGUUGAGAACAGAUUCUGGCAGAAGGCGGCCGAGCCAUUUGUGAUUUUUUGUGCUAUUUUAUACUAUGAUGGAAAAAUUCACAGCCGUUGUUCUUCAGCCCAUGCAAGAGAGGUGACUGCUCAUGGAUAGCAUAGUGUAGGCCUUUGAUCCUUGAAUUAUAUUUUCUCAGUACGCAGAUUGACAUGCGCGACGUGGUAAAGAAGGGAGCAGAAUAGAGUGGGAAGAUUUAUCUCCAUUUUGUAUGUACACCUGAUAGGAAGUCCACUUCCCUGACUCAUUGACUGCGUUGCAUGGACAGCCAGGUCUGUAAGAAAUCUGUACAUGAGUCGAUAUCACAUUUCAUAGAACAAACUCCUUUUAAGUCUUUUUAUAUGCCGGUGCUCUAGUGCAAUGCCUUGCUGACUUGAGAUCCUUACGAAUAUAUGAGGCUAUUCGCCCGAGUCGUUGCCA